AUGCCAAGUGAACCACGUGCUAUUGUUGAAACAGACACUCACCAACCCGCACCUCAUCUCAAGAGCAACAUUCAAAACGGCCAUGUUCCCUACACAGAAGGCAAUGAGCCCGAUUACCUCCGCAUGAUCUUGACAUCGCGAGUCUACGACAUUGUCCAAGAGACCCCACUCCAAGAGACCGUCAAUCUCAACGGCAAGAUCAACCACGAGAAUGACGCCAAGAUUUAUAUCAAGCGUGAAGACUUGCAGCCUGUCUUUAGCUUCAAAAUCCGUGGUGCAUACAACAAAAUGGCUCAUUUGACACCCCAAGAAAAAGCAGCCGGUGUGAUUGCAUGCUCUGCUGGUAAUCAUGCUCAAGGUGUGGCUAUGGCAGCGCAAAAGUUGGGUAUCAAGGCCAAGAUUGUCAUGCCAGCAGCAUGUCCUGCUAUCAAGUGGCGAAAUGUCAAACGACUUGGUGCCGAAGUGGUCUUGAUUGGCAAUGAUUUCGAUGAGGCGAAGCGAGAAUGUGUGCGUUUGAUCAAGGAAGAAGGCUUGACCAAUAUCCCACCUUACGAUGAUCCCUAUGUGAUUGCAGGACAAGGAACGAUUGGUAUGGAAGUGUUACGCCAGCACGAUGUCAAUGACAUUUCAGCCAUUUUUAUCGCCGUGGGUGGUGGUGGUCUUAUUGCUGGUGUUGGCAGCUAUGUCAAGCGCAUUGCACCCCAUAUCAAGAUCAUUGGUGUGGAAGCCAAUGAUGCCGAUGCUAUGACCCGGAGUCUUGCAAGCAAAGAGCGUGUUGAGCUCAAGGAGGUUGGAUUGUUUGCCGAUGGUGCUGCAGUACGCAUUGUAGGCGAGGAGAACUUUAGGGUGGCAAGUCAACUCAUUGAUGAGGUCAUCAAUGUAUCAAACGAUGAAAUUUGUGCAGCUAUCAAGGAUCUCUUUGAAGAUACCCGAUCGAUUUGUGAACCCACAGGUGCUUUAUCACUCGCUGGUGCCAAAAAGUAUCUUGCAUCACAUCCAAAUGCCAAGGGUGCACACGUCGCUAUCAUUUCAGGUGCCAAUGUCAACUUUGAUCGUUUGCGUUUUAUCAGUGAGCGUGCUGAGCUUGGUGAGCAAACCGAAGCCUUUUGCAAUGUCAUUAUCCCCGAACGAAAAGGCAGCUUCAUGUCCAUGAUUGAGCAAGUGCUUCCUCGUGCUGUCACCGAAUUUUCCUAUCGUUAUUCUGAUCCCGAAAAGGCACACAUCUAUAUCAGUUUCAAAGUACAAAACCUGGCAACAGAAGUGGCCGACGUGCUGGAAAAGUGGCGUACCAAGGGUAUGGAAGGAUGGGAUGUGAGUCACAAUGAAUUGGCCAAGACACACGCUCGUUACAUGAUGGGAGGUCGUGGUCGCCCUGAACAUGAACGUGUAUUUAGAUUUGUAUUCCCUGAACGACCUGGUGCAUUGAUGCGAUUCUUGGAAGGAUUGGAUUCAACAUGGAACGUCUCACUCUUCAACUACCGUAACCAUGGCGAUGAUAUGGGUAAGGUGCUUGUCGGAAUCCAAGUACCACCUGAAGACAACGAUGCAUUCGCUUCUUUCUUGGAAAAGCUGAAUUAUUACUACGUCGAAGAAACAGACAAUGUUGUGUACAAAACUUUCUUGCAAUAG